AACAGGAGUUAUCCCUGCGCCGCACUCGCUGCCAAAACAAGAGCCCGACGUCAGGAUUCUUCGCUUGCCUCUCCUCUGUUGCCAAAACACUCUCUUUCCAUGAUCUUCGUACCCGAGCCUGAUUGGCCCCAGGAAGGCCGUCGACAGAAUCUUUCAGAUUCACACACCCAGUUGCUGCUACAGCUACACACAGACAUUCAUUGCCCGAUGCCCCUCUCCGUGGUCCCCAUGGCCCCCUCCACCCAUUGGCCUGCCUGAGGCGGGGACGAGGACUGGAUCUAGCAUCACGGCGGAUUUACUUUGCAGAAUGCCGUGCGGACUCGGCCUACUGACACUCCAGACAAGUCGUAUCGUAUCAUUCCGACACUGGACUGAGGUUCGUCCGUGAACCCUGCUCUCUCGCUUCCUUGGGGUUCUGCCGUGGAAGGUUGGAACGCAAUGCAAAACCUACCGCGGAAAGAGACGAGAGCAAAUUGUCAAUAAUAUUUUUCAUCAUUAUUGGGGGGGUCUUUUUCAAGAAAAAGAAGAAGAAGAAGAAAAGUAAGAAAGUAACGGUAAUCAUGAACGACCCGGAUCUGACUUGGCCAGGUUUAAGGUACCUACCUACUUUCGGUUCCGUGUCCACCCCAAACUUAUCACAGGCUUCAACACGGCAAAACGACGUCCAGCUUGCCGGUCGUCGGCCACAAGCGGCUGACUGACUGUGACCCAUCCCCGAUGCUUCACUUUCAGUCUUCCCGAAGCCCCUCCCUCAUCUGUCUUCGGCCCCUGGGGGCCAUGUCGCCACAAGUGGGUGGGUGUAUGGGAUGAGACAAGCCACCUCCUCGGGAACUAUUUCCUUCGGAUCGCUAGGGUCCUCGCGAAAUCUCAGCCCUGAUAACCCUGGUCGGAGACCACCGAAGGAGCGCAACUUCUAGCUCAUACGUCAAGUGCGGUUAUCUUCGAUACAGGGCGAUCAAGUGGAUGGGCCAUCGGCCAAGAGGUUGGACCUACAUUUCGUCACGAUGAAUUUCUCUGCUACAAACCCACACUUACACCGCCGCCCUGGCUGCCCAGUAUGCCGAGGGGACAGGCAGAAGAAGAAGAAGGUAAAGGGGGGGGCUUAAAGGUCUAGAAGGAGGAGGGCGUCUUGACAAGGUCCUGCAGGUGUAUCCGUAUUACUAGACGGAUCCUGUACGUACAAGUAGGUGGGCUCUUGAGGAAAGAGGGAGAGCAUCACCGUGGUACCUACCUAGGCUCAAGUGGCUCUCAGUCCCUCGGACUCCUCUCCCCACACCACCAUCAACCUUCUUCCUCAGUACUGCCACUCUCUCCAUUCGGGCCUCUCCGUGUCUCUUCCUCAAUUAAAUUUCCCCCUCAUCACGCGUUUUGCCUCGCGGCGCCGAGUUCGUGCAAUGUACAUAGUUUAUGAACACACUUCUACAAUCUGGGUACAGCCCUGUCGGUGUGUUUGAUCCUUGUCCCCGUCUUCCAAAAACAGCUGCACCUUGCUCUCACACCUGCCGCUGCCCCCAAGCUCACAGACAGGAAGAGGUCUGUAUCAGGAGAAUCCGGCUUAGCUCCAACCGACGUUCCGAACCUGGCCGUGCAGACCUAUUGGCUAGUUCAUGGAUGAUGCUUCUUUUUCUACACUACUUCUUUUAUACCUCCAGGAUCCGUCUGCACCGCCCCUCGACCUGUCUUCUUCUCGCUCUCCUUUUGUGUCCCACUCACCAAGGCCUCAUUGCCCUUGACUCCCAUUGCCAGUCACUCCUUUUUAUUUUCCAAUACACACACACAGAGAGAGGGAGAGCCUUGUAACCUAUAAUAUUAUUUUCCUUUUUCGAGGGGUAAACCACCUCUUCGCAUCUAUAAUACCUUCUCUCCGGGAGCUGGCUCUCUCAUCCUGCCAGGAACCCAGACGAUCAGCCGCGCGCGCUCUACCACGUUUCCAUAUUCAUCAUCCAACGAAGUUGCCAGCCGUCACACAAAAUUAUCACGCUCCUUCACCUUGCCGUGGUUGAACAUCUCGCACAUAUAUAAAUUACAUUCACAGAACCGGUCCCCAUACUUGGGCUAGCUACUACACUCAUCUAUAUUGCUACGCUGUCCAGCCGAGAACGGGGAUCCCUACCGCCUCUCACGACUACAAGCCUCACCACGAGGACCCGCUGUCCCUAACGCCCAUCUUCAUCCGCCGGCUUGCGAGGAAGAGACCAGAAAGGGAUCAGCAGAGAAAAAGGGGAGCUAAGAAAGGACAGAAAAUCUACGCGUUCCCUGGCCCCAACAAAGGACAACCACUCUCGCCGGCCGCCCAUUACUCGCCUGGCCCGGAAUCAUCUGUCACUCCGCUUCAGUUGGCCACUGCGCCAGACUCUUCCAACAUCCCCCAAUAAUUGAUUAACCGCACGCUCCCUUGUUCUCGUUCUGUCCCACGCACCAUGGACUCUGGUCAGGCACAGCUUCGGCAACAAAUACAGACACCUUCCUUCACCUUCAACCCUAACAACAAAUUUAGAAGAGACGUCCCGCCUCGUACAACGCAUAUUAUCAACAUGAACGGCAAUGACAUACCCGUCAAACAAGAGGGUUUAGGAACACCCGCUGGGAUCUGGACAACUCCGACAUCUCAGGGCAUGCGACCUCGGCCUGCGACCAUCCACGAAGGUUUCUCUUACAGCAUGGGCGACGACUACGGCACCCUACCAUCGUGGGAUUCAUCUCCCCUGCCGCUACAGCAGACACCCAGCGAUGCCAUGUCGCGCCCGGUCUCGGUCCAUCAACAAGACUUCUACCCCGUCACCACAAUGGAGAACAACUGGCACCAAAAGCCUUGCGAGGACACGUUUGAGUUCCACGGCCUGGACACCGAGAUGAUCGGCCAGGCGUACACCACGGAUGAAGCCGUUCCUGUCCUCGACUUAAGAUACCAGCAACAAGAUGGCGAAGCCUUCAACUUCGACUGUGGCCCCAACCCGCGGCGCAUGUCGGGCUCAUCCUUCACCAUGUCGACUUCGGGCGCUCUCUCCGACAUGCCAUCCUAUGAGGACUUUUCGGCCGCUCUAUCAGAAGCACCGUCGUUCAGUUCAGACUACCCGCCGCCGUCUAACCGCAAUUCAUUGAUGUCGUCGACGCAACUGUCGCCCGUGGCGUCUCCCCGGAUGACUCCCCAAAGUCGAUCUGAACUUGUCAGGACCCAGAGCCGUGGCCGAGCGUCUCCGUCGCCUCGCCCUGGAAUGCGAUCUGCUCCGUACAGUGUUGAGCGUGGAACGACGAAGAGAUGGUCGACAGGGUCGUACGGAACUCAACAGAACCGACGUCAAACGCCUUUCGUGUUUCAUCCUGGCCACGAUGCCUUCGGUGCCCACCAGCGCAUGUCUUCGAGACACUCGUCGCCCACGAUCCAGCAUCAGCAGGUUCCUCUGAACUUUACCAAUCUUCAAGCCGCCCAACAACACCCGUUCAUGAUGGCCGCCCCGCCGCAGUACCAAAGGAACAGCAUGAACACCAUGCUUUUGCCCUCGCAGUUGCCGUCCAACGGUUUCCACCCUGACGCCCAUCACUUCGAGGCCCCGCCGCCGCUUCUGUCUCAUGGUCUCUUCCGUAUGCUUCAGAGCAACGCCGAUCCCCACUCGCUUCACAGCCACUACACGGACCUGUCAGACCCCCCUGACCUGUACGCCUCAUUGCACGAGGAACAGAUCCCACCUCCUCCCGAAGACAUGAACCCGUCUGACCCAGAUCUUGUCCCCCACGAGCAAGAACUGCGGUUCGAGGGCGACUUGUACACCCCCCGAUGGGUGAGAGGUCACGGCAACAAGCGUGAGGGAUGGUGUGGCAUCUGCAAGCCUGGCCGUUGGUUGGUGCUCAAGAAUUCGGCAUUCUGGUACGACAAGUCCUUCACCCAUGGAAUCAGCGCCGCCACGGGCAACCCGUUCCAAGAGCCCCAAGAAACCCGACGGAUGGACGGUAAUCCGGACGUCUGGGAAGGGUUGUGCGGCAGCUGCAACGACUGGAUCGCCCUUGUCAGCAGCAAGAAGAAGGGUACUACAUGGUUCAGGCACGCGUACAAGUGUCAUACCCAUCCCAAGAUAAAGGAUGCGCCGAAGCGUCGACGGGAGAGCAAUCACAACCGCAACCUGGCGGCAUCACAGAUGGCCAAGCCAAAGGUCGAGCCGCAGCAGCAGCAGCAGCAGCCAGCACUUCCCAUGCCACAGCAGGCCCCGAUCACGCCUCAGAUGACGCCGUCAGUAGCUUCCGUUACCAGCACGCCGACGCCUGCUCAGAUGCAACAGCAACAGCAGCAACAACAGCAGCACCACCAGGUCCAGCAACAUCAACACCUUCAACAGGUGCAGUCGCCCAUGCCCCAGAUGACCCACGGACAGAUGGGACAAAACCAUGGCCAGCCGGGGAAUGUCAUCAAUACUCUGGAAGGCAUGCCUGGCAUGAUUUGAUGACAUUCAGCUGUUGCUGCACCCAUUGUUGACCUUGAGAGUCUCUGGCUGCACGAGAAGAAAACGAAAGAAAAUUUUGUAAAAAAGCACACACGACUGAUACCAUCUUCCUCCCCCUGUUUUGUACUUUGUCUUUCUCCCUUUUCCUUUGUCACAACUUGAACCCCGCCACAGCGCGUGCCUCUGGUACAAACACCCCGAUCCGACACGUCGUCACGAAAAACAACGAAACCGUUUUCUUGAUCUUGAAAUAUUAUAGACAUGGGCAUUAUGGGAUACCUCUGAGAAGGGAAUAAGAAAUUAUGGGAGAUGUGCUUAAGAGUGUUGCAUUUCUUUGUUGGGUGGACAUCAAGUAGGAGAACAAAUCGCCGCCGGCUUUUUUACCGGUUCCCCCCUUGCUCGGAGAAGGAGAGAGAGAAGGAGGGAAACGGGAAGAAAUGAGUCAUGACGUUGUUCCAAGAUAUCUAUUACCUUACCUACCACCAACACAGUCACCACAGUUGCACUCCUUCCACCCUUCCUUUCCUUUCUUUCGACCCGUCCGCCACCUUCAACAACCUUACGCCCGAGUAGAGCACGACCGUACGUACGUUUUCAUGUCCCGGUCAAGCGGAGGAGGAUAUAUCCGUUUCUCGUUUCGUACGUCGUCCUUUCGGCCGCGUAUAGAAACAAACAAACAGCCCAGAGAGUGCAGGAUUCGAUAAUGCCCAGUCAAUUCAUCGUCACCAAAUACUACGGACAUGGAAGAGAAAGGAGAAAAACAGGGGACCAUGUUCCGAAACGCUUCGAGAAAACAAGUUUGAUGUUCUUCUGCCUAAUUCCCCCCCUUUUGUUCGUUCACUUUAUUUCUGAAACAAGUCUUGAUCAUUUGGUUUCUUCAUCUUUUCUCUGCUGGACCUUUCCCAGGAAACCUAAUCGUAGAUAGCUAAAUAGCGUCGGACCCCCCUCUUUGCGGAACCGACAAUUGCGUAGUCUGUUUUCCAUCUUUUUCCGAUCUUUUUCCGUUUGCUUGAGGAGGACAUACCAAUGAUAUCAAGGGGAGGAAAAGGUGGAAAUUUGGGGUUUUUCUUUUAUUUUCUCAAGAGGGGGGAAUGGAAGAGGAGAGCGAGACGAACUUGGUGGGGCGUUAAAGCUGGGUUGGAAAGUGAGGUACCUGUCUCUUUUCUGACAGAUCCUGGACGAAGAAGAAUGAUGCCGUGGACGGGGUAGGGAAGGAAAAGGGCAAAGUUUUGGAAGGAAAAUCUGUUAUCGUUGAAAGGCCUUAGGGGCGAAGCAAGUUACUAGUUAGAUUCGGGUGGUUUUCUCUUUUUUUCAACCAAAACGCGCAGAAUGAGGAACACGUUCAUUUCAGAACUGAGGACGUCCUUACUGAAUUUGCGAUCUU